GCCGCUGCGCUGCAGCCCGCACCUGCCCUUGCUCGUCCGCAUCUUCGGCCCCGCGGCCGCGGUGUAUGCCUCCUAGCGCACCGGCCCGGGGCCACCCCAGCGCUCACCUCUCGCCUCUGGCGCUAGGUGCUCACCCUCCUCUGCCCAACCCUUGCUAACUUCUGGGAGUUGAUCCGGCUCUGGGCCCCACCACCUUGAAAUGUUCCUGGGCCACCGCUCUCUAUCCCUGUCCCCCAACAUACAUUGCUUGCAGCGCUGCUAGCUGGUGGCCUGACCCUUUGCGGCCACCUUUAUUUCCCGAAGCCCACCUCGUCCCUGGAGAAGACGGGAGCACUACACUCCAGGUGCAGAGCCUCGGAUUUGGAGAAGCCCCCGUCCCACUCCCCGAGACCCAUCUUCCUCAAGUCCCUUGAGCUUAACCCAUUCCUCUCCAAGGUGUGCUGCGCUAGAUGGGCGCCGGGAGAGCACACUCCUGCGGAGGGCUUUUCCAGGGGAGAUCCUCUAGCCGCUCGAUGGGGAGUCACAGAAGACCGCCUGUGUGUGUCAGCUCCCUACCUCUCUGUAGCAACAGAAGUGACUGCAGCGCCUUCACAGUCAUGAUGAUGAAACUGGUAUUAACUGAGUGGCCCUUAUGGAUUUUUAACUCUAACUCACAGUGAGCCAGCAAGCCAUAUGUUUACAGUCUGACCAAAAACCCUUCUGUGUUGCUGCACGGCUCGUGUGAGAAGUUGAGACGCCUGUUGGUACAGAGUGGAAUACAAGAGUUACUUGCCGAGGAAUACACUUGCAGCAGAACGAGAAGACGUCUUAAUUUAUCAUUGGAGAGAGAUGAUAGUAUUAUUUAUAUAGGUAGAAUAAAUACAUAUAUAUAUUUUGGUGGUAAUGAAAAUGGCUCCGCAGAAUGCCGACUCGGAAUCUAUGCAAGUACAAGAGCUGCCUGUGCCCCUGCCAGACCCUCAGAAACGCAGAGACACAGAGGCUGAGACCCAAGAGGAGACCAUCAGUGAGGGGUCCAUAGACAGAAUCCCCACGCGCCUGUGGGUCAUGCAUGGGGCAGUGAUGUUUGGCAGGGAAUUCUGUUACGCCAUGGAGACAGCACUGGUCACACCCAUACUGUUACAGAUAGGCCUCCCUGAGCAGUACUACAGCCUCACCUGGUUCCUGAGCCCUGUCCUCGGCCUCAUCUUCACACCGCUUAUUGGCUCUGCAAGCGACCGCUGUACCCUGAGCUGGGGCCGCCGGCGGCCCUUCAUCCUCGUGCUGUGUGUGGGGGUCCUCAUCGGUGUUGCACUUUUCCUCAACGGCUCUGCCAUCGGUCUGGCGCUCGGCGAUGUUCCCAACCGACAACCCAUUGGCAUUGUCCUCACGGUGCUGGGAGUGGUGGUCCUGGAUUUCAGUGCCGAUGCAACUGAGGGGCCCAUCCGUGCCUACCUGCUGGAUGUGGUAGACAGCGAGGAGCAAGAUAUGGCCCUCAACAUACAUGCCUUCUCUGCUGGCCUUGGUGGGGCCAUCGGCUACGUGCUGGGUGGACUGGACUGGACACAGACCUUCCUGGGUGACUGGUUCCGGACACAGAACCAGGUGCUGUUCUUCUUCGCUGCCGUCAUCUUCUCGGUGUCGGUGGCCCUGCAUCUCUUCAGCAUCGAGGAGGAGCAGUACAGCCCACAGCAGGACCGCAGUACUGAGGAUGCCGCCCUGCCCGGCACCAGUGUCCAGCCUAGCGCUCCAGCCCCCGCUACCCGCCUCAGCUCCCUCGGUGGGGGUGUGCAGGAUGGCAGCCCCCCAUUCCCAGAUGAGGUGCAGUCGGAGCACGAGCUGUCCUUGGACUACCUCAAUGUGGACAUCGUGCGCAGCAAGAGUGACUCAGUGCUGCACAUGCCUGAUGCCACUCUGGACAUGGAGCCUGAGCUGCUCUUCCUGCAUGACAUAGAGCCUUCCAUCUUCCAUGAUGCUUCCUACCCCAGCACCCCCCGGAGUACCAGCCAGGAGCUCCUGAGGGCCAAGCUGCCCCGCCUGUCUACGUUCCUCAGGGAGUCCACCAAGGAGGACGACACCUUGCUUGAUAAUCACUUGAAUGAAGCUAAAGUCCCAAAUGGGAGAGGAUCCCCACCAGUGGAUUCGCUCAGCCACCGCUCUAAAGUGGACUUGAAGCCCUCGGCCACAUCUGGUUCCAUGAGGCGCCGUAGGCACAUGUUCCACAGGCAGGCUUCUAGCACCUUCUCCUACUAUGGUAAGAUUGGGUCCCACUGCUACCGCUACCGCCGGGCCAAUGCAGUGGUCCUGAUCAAGCCAUCUCGAAGCAUGAGUGACCUGUAUGACCUGCAGCAGCGGCAGCGAUCCCGGCACCGCAACCAGAGUGGAGCCACUGCCUCCAGCGGGGACACAGAGAGUGAGGAGGGCGAGGCAGAGACCACCGUGCGCCUGCUGUGGCUGUCCAUGCUGAAGAUGCCCAAGGAGCUGAUACGGCUCUGCCUCUGCCACCUCCUCACUUGGUUCUCCGUCAUCGCAGAGGCUGUCUUCUACACUGACUUCAUGGGCCGAGUUAUCUUCAAAGGGGACCCCCAGGCCCCCUCCAACUCCACUGAUUGGCACGCCUACAAUGCCGGCGUGAAGAUGGGCUGCUGGGGCCUGGUUAUCUACGCUGCUACUGGUGCUAUCUGCUCAGCCCUGCUACAGAAGUACCUGGACAACUACGACCUGAGCAUCAGGAUCAUCUAUGUGUUGGGGACGCUGGGCUUCUCCGUGGGCACUGCUGUGAUGGCCAUGUUUCCCAACGUCUAUGUGGCCAUGGUCACCAUCAGCACCAUGGGCAUCGUCUCUAUGAGCAUCUCCUACUGCCCCUAUGCCCUCCUAGGGCACUACCAUGACAUCAAGGAGUACGUCCAGCACAGUCCAGGGAACUCCAAGCGUGGAUUUGGCAUUGACUGCGCCAUCCUCUCCUGCCAGGUCUAUAUCUCCCAGAUCCUGGUUGCAUCUGCCCUUGGGAGCGUGGUCGACGCUGUACAGACGGUCCGUGUCAUCCCUAUGGUGGCUUCUGUGGGCUCUUUCCUGGGCUUUCUGACAGCCACAUUCCUGGUGAUCUACCCCGAGGUGUCAGAGGAGGCCAAGGAGGAGCAGAAAGGCCUGUCCUCAGGGCCCACUGGUGAAGGCGAGGGUGAAGCAGCCAGUGAGAAGCCCACUGUGCUGAAGCUGUCUCGGAAGGGGGGCCUGCGGGGGCCGGUGGAGGCGGAGUCUAUGGUGUGAGCCCCAGCUGGCACAUUCCACACCGAAGGGCAGGGUGGACUGGGGGCUGGGCAUGCCGACACUGUGCGAGCUGGAGUUCCUUCCUUCCCAGGGCGCAGUUCAAGUUCAGUAGGUGUUAGGUGUAGGGUAGGUUUGAGCUAUUAGGCAAAAAUAUCACACUAAUUACCUUUCCCACAAUUAAAAAAACAUCAUUUGAAAUCUUUUUUUAUUGAAAAAAACUUAAUUUCAGCUGUCUUUUAUUCUGCAGGUAUACCAUUCUGCAUGUUUUAAAUUGUGAAACAUUCACAGCAUAGUCAAUAAGCAAUUUAGAAAACAUAAGGGUCUGCAUUUCUGAAACAGUAAUCGAAAGUGCAGAAAGUCCGACCCCUCGGCAGGUGUCAUCUGAAGGCAGCAGACAGCAGUGCAGUGUCCCAGAUUGCCCAGCAGGUGUCCGUGAGGGCUCCUCAGCAUCAUGCUGGCACUGCAGUGCCUCAGAGCAGCUUUCUCUGUUUAUUUCAGAAACGGUAUUUUCUUUUUCACAACUGUGGUUUUCUUAGAACAGCAUCUCUAGCAAAUUGGGCCCGCAGUUCUGUGCACAGCUGUCAGUGCCUGAGACCACACACCAAAGCUGAGGAAGGCUCCCAGAGCUGUUUGAGCAGAAGGCAGCCAUUCCCCAGGGCAGCCUCCAGACAUCCUGCCCAGGGACGGCACAGAUCAGCAGUGCUGAAUGUGAACUCUCAGCUGCCUCCUGCGUGCUUGUGUGUGAGUUUGUCUCUGUCCAGUCCCUGCCCACGUGGUCCUCCCCAGAAGUGGCCACAGGGCAGCUGUUGGCUCUGUGUGACCCUUCAGUUUCUCUCUACACCUUUGGCUGGGAAUCCAGGCACAGAGCUCCAGGUGAGCACUGGCUCCCGAGUCCUGCUGCAAGGCUACCUCGAGAGUGUGAGGAACAGGGCAUGGGAGGGUGCCGAGGCCUACCUCCGUGCCGCAUUGGUGACAUUGGUCCUCGCUGGAACCUAACUGAAAUCUUGUGACUUCAUCACCUGCUCCUGCUGAUGGUCACUGGAAUGGGGAUGAAGGCAAAGAGAAGCAAGUAUCUGCCUGGGCAGGAGAGCUGGUGACCCAAGAGCCCGGUGCAGUUUCCAGUUUCUGCACAUGAGCAAAACUCGGGCCUCAGGGAAGCAAGCUCCUCAAAUGCUGCAGCUGUGGGAAAAUCCUUUUCAAACCACGGAUCUCUGUUAAAAACUCCACAGUCCUGUCCCUUGGCUUGUGAAACAGUCAGUCUGCACUCAGGAGAGGGGAGGUCCUCCCUGGAUGGUACCCAGAUGAAGUCAAACCCGUGCUCUUGCUGCCUCGGUUGGUGUUUUUACAUAAAGUACUUUAAAGUGCAUGAGAAUCAUGCUGCAAUAUGAGCAUUCUAAAGCAAAUAUAUAUACAUAUAUAUUUCAAGAUGAAAGUAAGCCGUUUUUAAAUAAAUUACUUGAAUUUUCUGUGUAUUCAGAGGAAUGCUGUGUUUAACGUUCUUGGCAGGCUUCUGUCUUGCCACAUUUCCACACUGGUGGCGCUUUGUAGUUUGUAGUGUGUUUUGUGUCUGGGGAGCAGAGGUGUGUGCUCAGGGUACCUUCCACCUGCCUGGGUCAUCCCUCAAGCCGAGGCCUGCAGAGCAGUAGCUGCACCUUCCAGUGCUUUCUGUGGUGCCAGUUGAGAACAGAAUUACACAUCUCCUGCUUGGAUGGGAACAGCUGGACUCCCAAGCGCAGUCCCCACACUGAGCCCUCCAGCCAGCCGAGCCCUAUCAGCUGGGUGCUCGGUCCCUCUGGGCGCCUCUCUUCAGUCAGUGUCCUUGGCAGGUCGCUCCUGUGCUACUUAGCUUCCUUCGGUGGUUUUAAGAGGGUAUCCCUCCCUCCUGAGACUUCUGGUCUGGGAUAAGAACCAUAGCCUCUGUUUUCAUACAUCCUGCCUUUCCACCUUGCCAUGGGAGAACAGAGGGAGGCAGGAGUGCCGAGAAAUCUGGAAUCCUCAUACCCAGUGUGGGUCUUAGGAGGUCGCACGAUGCUCACAGUACCCCACCCACCCAGAGGCUCAGGAUGCAGGACCAUGCUUACUGAAGCUGGAUGUGAGGAGGUUCAGGGGCUAGCAGAGACCAGACAGACCCACAGGAGGAAGAGAUGCGGGGUCACCAUGUGCAGUGUGCUGGCUCUUGAGAUGCUAGCUUCCGCUUCCCAUGAUCUGAAGUAACACAAGGACACUUUGUGGUCAUGGCACAGGCCUUGGCAGAGCCACAGGUAAAAUAGUGACACCCUGGAAGAACAGUCAGCCAGAGGCAUGGCUGUUGCUGUCAGAUCCGGCUGCAUGUCUGGUCGUUUUAAAGACCUGAGUCUGUUAAAUGUUUGCAUCAAAAGCAGACUGGUUGUGGAUCUGGUCAGGGUGAGGGGCCUUGGGCUGAGACCCAAGGGUAGCAGCAGGGUCGGUUUCUGGGCUUCCUUGCAGAUAAAUAAAGUGAGCCAUGGGCCUCAAGGUGGAGUGUCUCAUCUGGGGUAGACCAAUAGCCAGACCCUUCUACCCAUCUGAGAUGGCACCAGUGGGCGACUGUCAGGGCCACAGCCUGUGUGUUAGAGAAGCCAAGGGAGGAGGGCUGGUGUUAAAGCGGGUGACACCGAAGCCUGUACUGCCCAGCCCAGUUUCUGUUUUCUGACCUGGGCUGUCAACCUAGCACCCGUGGGUAGUGAGAUCCCCGAGAGUCCACCUGAGUAGCUCUUCUGUGAUAGGAAAGGUGCGUUGGUCAUCUGGACCUAGGGGAAUGGCAGGGUCAAGCAGAGCCCACUUGUGAGCGAUGCUGAGGAUGCAACAUGGAGUUAGCUUUGUAGCACUUUGGGGCCUGGAUUGUGUGCAAACACCCUGAAGGGUGUCGGUGGGAAUUCACUGGUCCAGGGCCACAACAAUGCAUGCAGGUUACUAACAGAGAGUGAUGAUGGUCCGAACCCUGCUUUUGUUGCCUGUGAAAGUCAAUUGCAACAGUUGUUUGAGAGAUGCCUCUAAAGAUGGGUGGCCCAAGUUUGCCUGUGCAAGAGUAUGAGCUGGCAGGAAGGGGUCCACAGCCUACUUCUGGCUGGGGACAGAGUGGCAUGCAUGAUGGCACUCCCUGGUAUCUGGAAGGCUGACCACGGGACAUUGUUUGUUCUAAGCCUAAGGUCUUAGCUGGAACAUCCAGUCCCACUGAUAGGUCUACAGCCCUCAGACUCCCACCCUUGAGAUCCUCAGGGCCCCGUGAGGGCUGGUUUGGGAAAAGUUGGGAGGGAGAAGGCAGGACCUGGUUGGUAGCUUCCUGGAGUGGUCAAGAUGUCAUAGAAGGUGCUGUGGCCCCUCCAGCAGCAGCAGCAGCAGCAGCAGCAGCAGCAGCAGCAGCAGCAGCCAGGGUGCCCAUUGUCUUAUCUCCCUGGUGCCUGCUGCCUUGUGCAACCCAUGGAAUGGAUGGUUCCCUUUGUCUGCGGCCAGUGGUCGGUGUGCAGCAAGCAGCCAUGGCCACAUUUGCCAAAAGUCAGCGUUGUGAAACGCCAUCUCCUGAGACUGGACACUCCUCGACCUCCCAUGCACCAGAUGCCAUGACUCCCCAGCUGUUCUGCUUUCACCUGAGCCUCUGUCUUCAGCCCCCAGCCAACACCUGGAGUGUGCAGGUGAAGCCACAAGCGGCUCCUCCAACGGCUAGCACCAGAAAUGGGCUCGCUCACCCCUGUGCAUGUGAGCUAGAAAGCAGUGCUUCCGAGAGUGCCUGGGGACGGCCCAGCAUAGCAGCCAUGCCAUCGGUUUUGUUCCAGAUUGAACUGACUCUUACAUGUGGCAAGCAGGGGAUGUGCACCCAGUAGCCCCUGUCGCCACCUCAUGAAAAGCCAGCAUCACCAUCAUGGCUGAAGCCUGAGAUGGCCCCUUGGAUGGCAACCCUUGGGCCUCCAGGAGAGCUUAGCAUCCUCUGGGAGCCCCAGCUGUGUGCUCCCCUCCUCCCCAACGCCUGCCAAAGGCCCUGUGCUGGGAUGUGUAACAGGAAGCACAGUUGUUGGAAAGGCCUGGGCACCGGGGCACUCCCCAGGCACCUUGGAACAAAGCUAUUUAGUUCCUUUGUGAACUGGAAACAGGACAACUGUUAUCAACUUAUUAAGUUGGAGCACUGUAAUAGCUCUUGCUGAUUUUAGCAAUGGUUAAGUGUGUGUUAAACACAUGACGUUAUAUUUUAUGAGGAAACAGAUUAUAAGAGUACUACUAUCACACAUGAUUUCGUUUUUUAUUAGGUGGAUGUUUAUGUCUGCUUCUGUCCAGAGCCCUGGGGCUUGGUCUGUUUUUUUGUCACAUGGCUGGGCCACUGGUCCCUGUACACAGUUCAGUGUGUAUGGCCUGACUUCUUCCUGCCAGGCUAGUGCCUCCCCUGCCUCUCUUGCUCUGUUACGCUGUGGUUGACUCAAUAAACGUUAUCAUUGCAAGU